GCAGUCAUCUCGGUGUAGCGUGCUUACGUAUGCGUCAGUAAUUUUCAGACGACUCCAGCAAAUUGACUGCGUAAAACUCCAAGAAGAGGGUGUUUGUACAUUUUGGUACUGUAUUUGGGACACAAYUUAUCGGAACAUAUUUUACGUUGUGUGAAUGUAGAUGCUUCAUGUAUAUACCUAUUUAAAUACUCUCCCAGACUAUCUGGAAACAACGAAGCCGCUUGUUCUUUAACCAUCGACAUGUUCAAGCGCGGAUCUAAAAAACGACGGUCGAAUCGCUCGCAGGAGGAGGAAGACCCAGACCGGGGACAACCAUGUAUAAGAUGUGGAGACCAGUGUCCUGGCUUUCGCAUGCAUGGCUGGAGAAAGAUUUGUGUGCACUGUAAGUGUGUGCGUGAGGAGCAUGCAGUGCGGGCGGUGCCGGGCCAGCUGGAGAGGAUGAUGAUGAAGCUGGUUUCAGACUUCCAAAGACACUCCAUCUCUGAUGACGACUCGGGCUGUGCAUCCGAGGAGUACGCCUGGGUCCCACCUGGACUCAAGCCUGAACAGGUGUAUCAGUAUUUCAGCUGUAUCCCGGAGGACAGAGUGCCCUAUGCUAACAGCUCAGGAGAGAGGUACCGCAUCAAACAGCUCCUUCACCAGCUACCAGCCCACGACAGUGAGCAUCAGUACUGUAACCAUCUGGAUGAGGAGGAGAAGAAGGAGCUUUGUCUGUUCAGUCAGCAGAGGAAGAGGGAGAACCUGGGCAGAGGCAUGGUCAGACUGUUCCCUGUCACCAUGACCGGAGCCAUCUGCCAACAGUGUGGCAGACAGAUCUAUGGUGGGGACAUUGCAGUGUUUGCCAGCCGAGCGGGGCACGGUAGCUGUUGGCACCCUCAGUGUUUCCAGUGUGCCUCGUGCACUGAGCUGCUGGUAGACCUCAUCUACUUCUACCAGGACGGACAGAUCUACUGCGGCCGGCACCACGCUGAGAGAAUGAAACCACGCUGCCAGGCCUGUGAUGAGAUCAUUCUAGCAGAUGAGUGUACGGAGGCAGAGGGCCGACACUGGCACAUGAAGCAUUUCUGUUGUUUUGAGUGUGAGGCAGCGUUGGGAGGGCAGCGGUACAUCAUGAGAGAGAGCCGGCCGUACUGCUGCUCCUGCUAUGAGUCCUUCUAUGCAGAGUACUGUGACACCUGUGGGGAACACAUAGGUAUAGACCAGGGUCAGAUGACCUAUGAGGGCCAGCACUGGCAUGCAGCCGAGUCGUGUUUCUGCUGUGCCCGCUGUCGGCUCCCCCUGCUGGGGCGGCCCUUCCUCCCGCGUGGGGGCCUUAUCUUCUGCUCCAGGCCCUGCUCCCUGGGAGAGGACCCAGAUAACUCAGACUCGUGUGACUCUGCCCUCCAGAGCCGGCCUCCGCAGCACAGACACUGUGAGACUGCAGAGAAGAUCCAACAGUCGCAGCGCUGCUCCCCACAGCAACCACCAGAGGGAGCCAACAUCCCUGUUGUCCCAGGAAAAGACUGUGUUCAUGCUGCACAGGAAAAUAAAGGUGUUCACAUCUCUACUGAYGUUCCAAAUGGAGUCUCCCCACCACCCAACGGUCAUCGUAACCUCAGAAGGUCCUACUCUCCACUUCCCCACUGUCGCUUAKCCAAUGGCUGGGCACCAUCUUGGCCUGUCGACCAAUCUCUCAACAGUUUGCACACUGGAGACUGUGACAAGCAUCCAGGCAGUAGUCUGGAGUUUUUAGGAGAGCCCAACGGCUACGCUGGACACCCCCUCACCAGUUUCAGUAGAGGAACUUCUACUGCAAAGGACUGUGGGAACUGGGUGGAGAAGAGUAGUCAAGUUACGAAAGUGUUUCCUCCCCCGAGGAAUUCCUCCUUACCUGCAUCACUAAACCACCCCAGUCCUGCUGACCCGCCGCCCCUCCCAGCCCCUCUACCCACCAAGUCUCGUGAUUUGAUGACCAAGCCAAAUCUGCACCAACCAGAACCAAGCUCCCCUGACCAUAGUCCCCAAUCAUUUCGCAGUGGGACAGCCAGGGUCAGCUUCCGAGAGCCAAUCAGCUGCAGCUACUCUGUGAAUGAGGAGGAAGAAGAAGAAGAAGAUGAGGAGAAAGGAGAAGAUGAGGAGAAAGGAGAAAAGGAAGAAGAACAGGUGGAGAGGGAGGAAGAGGAUGGAGGUUUUGGGCGCAGGUUACAUAUGGAAAAGGGCAUUCCACCUCAAAUGGACCUACUGGAUGGUUCAUACCAACAUCGUAGUUUACGGCGGGGGUGGAACCGCGGCCGUGUGGCCUCCGACUCCAUUCUCCACCUAGGCACAGAGACACGCUUCCGUCACUCUCUGCCUGAUCGGCCCCGUCUGGAUGCUCUAGAAUGGAGAGGACAGCGGGAGAGUGCUUCCCUCUCUUCCCCUGGCACCACAGAGCCCCUGUCACUCACCCUCCAGCCAGCCCAGUACAACAAACACGAGGACUCCUGCUCAACCUGCUCCUCCUCCUCAGAAUCAGAGGAAGAGGGUUACUUCUUGGGGCAGCCCAUCCCCUUGCCCCCCCAGCUAACCCGAAGGCCCCCGUCGGUGGACGGAGAGGGGGAUGGAGAGACGAAAGGAGUGAAGGACAGGGGUUUGAGGAACAGCCUGAGAAGGAGGAAGAGGAGAGCAAAUAGCCUUGGCGCAAAGGACAAAGACACAAACUGUGCAAUCUCCUAACUUUGACCCUCACAGACCCAGUGAAAAUUAUUCUUAUUCAACAAGCAAGCCAAUGUUCAAUAUCACAAAAAUAAAUCUGUAAUAUGUUGGUAUUCCUUUGGGAUACUUUGAACACAAUACUCCUAUGCAGCAGACUUAUUCAAAGAUGGAGUAAACUACUGUACUAUGACGUAUCACAUAUUAGUGUUCAGAAUAUGAUUUAAAAUAUUUUUUUAUGCGUUUUAUAUUUGUAUAUUGUUUCGGGCACGUUUUUGCACAGUAAAAUGAAACUUGCAUCCA